CGAGAGCGCGCCCGUGUGCACCCGCCCUAACCGGUACGAACACCACACGCCUGCAUCUGUGCCGCGUAGUGAUCUGUGCCAAGUACAUAGUGACGUGUAUACAAUUAUGUUGCAUCUGUGAAAUUAGUGUCUGUGUGCUCACAACUGGAACAGUGGCUGUGUACUACGUCUAGCUCGCGGCGACGUCCGUGGCCGGUACGGGCCAAUAAAAAUAUUUAGGUCGAAGCUGAGCGGCGUAGGAACGUUCGCGGGACAAAUGCGUCGCGUGUGAGUGGGCGCGCCUCGCGUGUGAGUGCGCGCGUGUCGCGUGUGAGUACACGCACGUCGCGUGUGAGUACGCGCACGUCGCGUGUGAGUACGCGCACGUCGCGUGUGAGUACGCGCGUGUCGCGUGUGAGUACGCGCGCGUCGCGUGUGUUGCGUGGUGCGCGGUGUGCGCGGGCAUGAGCGCGCAUGCGCGCUAGCGAGCGCGAUGCAACGCGCGCGCAACGCCGUCGCCCACCUCGCGCUGCUCGUGUUGGCGCAUUUGACGCCGCCAGGCGCGUGCGACGUGGCAGGCGGGGCGGGAUCAGUGAACGCGCUGCCAGCGGGCGGCAGUAGUGCGCGACUAGCGCCCUCUUUCGAUGCGGCGACGCCGAGAAAUGUCACAGCUCUUGUUGGGAAAUCUGCAUACCUGAGUUGCCGAGUGAGGAACCUGGGGAAUAGAACGGUGUCAUGGAUCCGUCACCGCGACCUGCACAUCCUGACGGUGGGCGGGUACACGUACACGUCCGACCAGCGGUUCCAGGCGACGCACUCGCCGCAGACGGACGACUGGACGCUGCACAUCAAGUGGGCGCAGCAGCGCGACGCCGGCGUCUACGAGUGCCAGGUCUCCACGCAGCCAGUGCGCUCCUUCUUCGUCACGCUGCAUGUAGUAGAUUGCGACGAGAUCUACCAGCGAAUGUUCGCCGACGACGACCCGCUGAACAUUAUGCCAUCGGCUCGGAUCCUGGGCGGGCCGGACCUGCACGUGGACAUCGGGUCGACGAUCAACCUCACCUGCCUCAUCCAGUUCAGCCCCGAGCCCCCCGCCUACAUAUUCUGGUACCAUGAAGACGAGGUGAGCGGACGCAAACAGGUGAUAUCGUACGACUCGUCGCGCGGCGGCGUGUCGGUGGUGACGGAGAAGGGCGCCGCCACCACGUCGUACCUGCUGGUGCAGGACGCCGCGCCCGCCGACUCCGGCCGCUACUCGUGCUCGCCCUCCAACGCGGAGGUCGCCUCCGUGCGGGUGCACGUGCUCAAUGGUGAACGUCCGGCGGCGAUGCAGACCGGCUCGGCGGGGCUGUCCAACAGCUCGCACUGCAUCAUCGCGCUGCUGGCGGCGUGCGCGCUGCACGCGCGGCUGCUGCGCGCGCAGCUCGCCAGCUGAUCGCGCGCGCCCGCCGCCGCGCGAUAGUCGCCUCGCAUCGCGCACGCCACGUCUCCAUGUGUUUUAUUAACGUUUCGUGACCGACUCCGCACAAUGUGCAUAGUGAAUUAUUCAAAUAAAUGUUACGAAAUUUCUCGUCUAAAUAAUUUUAAGCGGAAACUUAGUUUUCGAUUAAGUAAAUGAAAUUAUUUAAAGAGGUUAGAUAUAAUAUUUAAGAUUUUUAUGAUGAGCGAAUAUGUAACGUCAAAUCACUGUGAUGAAUGUUGAUUGCAUUAAGAUGUAAACCAGAUCACCGCGACACGCGGCGCUGCUGUCGCGCUUAAAUUCUAGUAUCCUAGGAUCAUGGGCGUAGCUAGGGGGGCUAAGGUGGACUGUGGACCCUUCCCCGAGGUGACCCUCUCCCUAGAAAAAUUAGUUUAUUUCUACCGUCACCAGAAUUAGUGGUAAUGAAAAUUGGUUAAUUGUGAUUGCCCGUGUAACUUAAUGUUCCACAGAGAAAUCUAGCUACGCCGAUGCCUAGCAAUGAAAAUAUUAUACAUAAUUGUACUGUUGCAUCCUCCUUUAAUGUCUCCUAGGACAUUUUACAGCGUGUAAUGUUCUGUCAUGGAUGUGUGUACAUGUUAACGAUACCAUAUAAGUACUUGUAUAUCGACGGCUGUUAAAUAUUGCGUGGUAAGGCCGAGCGUGCAGUAACAAGUAGCGUCAAUGUUUACUAGUAAUACAUUAUAGACAUUAAGCGAGAAGUGGAACAUGAAGAAAGUGGAAGUGAAGAAGCAAGACAUGUACAUAUAAACAGAAAUCUCAAGCACUCGGUUCUCUCUGGCUACCCCGUAAAGGGUUCGUGAAACUAUAUAAAUAGAUAUAUAUCUAGCUAUUGUUUUAGAUUCUUUCAUAAAGCGCCGAAUAAAUACAUUUUAUAUACUUAAAAGCUACAAUUUCAUCGACCUUAUAACAGUCCACUGCCGAACAUGAACUUCCCUCUUGGUGGGUUUUGCCAGUAGUUGCCACGCCUGACAGGCGGGUUGGCAACUGCAGUUAGCCUUUAGAGAUGUUUUAAGAGAGACGCUGCUACCCAUCUCUCCACCAUAAGCUCCCUUAGUCGCCUCUUACGACACACACGGGAAAAGAAAAAGUGGCCUAUUCUAUGCUAGGACAACACGGCAAAAAUUGUACCUAUUACGUGUAUGAAAUGUGUCCGGUGUUGGAUAAAGAAGGACAUUUAUGUUUUAGCACAAUUUCUAUUUUAAAUCUUGAUAGGUAAGUUUUUACUGGUAUUUUAGUAACAUAAUAAUAAUAAUAAACACUUUUGUAUGUCGACCGACUAUACCGACUGUCUUGGCCUUACCACCCGACGUACCUCUAUACUCAGUAUGUACCCAUCUCUGUUAUAACAAUUGUAAAUAAUAGUCUCCCAGAAAUAAAUAGGAAACAAUUUACUUCAAAAACAAAUAAUGGACGAUGUAUGUUGUUGCUCCCGACGGGGAUUGUAAAUACAUAAUGGAAUAUGGAUGUUGUAACAAAUGCAAGUUAUAGAUCUAUUAUAGUGUAUAUUAAUAAUGUCGUUAGCUAAUAAAGGUAUCAUUCGUUCGUUCGUUCAUUCGUUCGAUUACUGAGCGGCCAGCACGAGAUGAGAUGCACAAAGAUAGACAUCGCGACAAGGUCCGUUCACACAGACCGGCUCGGAGAGGAGAACAGAUUUAGAUCGCGUUUAAAAUAAAGAUGGUUAUUCGAUUAGAAUUAUUUUGUUUAACUCCGCUACCACUAGUAUGCAUGCGAUUGCCAAUACUCGAAGAUCUACAACUACUGUUAUUAGUAAACUUUCUACAACGUUCCACAUUAGCUAUCAAUUUCAGGUUGCCAUUUAUACAGAUUGCUGCUCGGAACAAACGAUUGAUAGGUUUGUUUAAAAUAGAGUUUUAGAAUCAUAGAAAUAAGAUUUAUUUUCACACCUCACUGCUUUUAGUACAUAAGAAUGCUCGAGAAUCUAUAUAAAAGAAAAGUGAAAUGUAAAAAUAAAAUUAAUUCAAUAGUCUAAAACUCUAUAUAAAAUGCUCUCCUCUCCGAGCCGGUCUGUGCGAACGGACACUAAGUUUGUACUAAAAACUUAGUUGCGCCUCUAGCGGAUAGAUUCGGAAACUCAGAUUUUAAUUCAAAAUUCGAGUAAACAUGUAAACAUGAACAAGAUCUUGACGUAAAUCUUUGUACUACUUAUAAUAGACACUGUGGACGUGUCAGCAACGAUGGACCACAGCACAAAUCGGUUUAGUGUGGGGUCCUAUAAAUAGAACAAUUCAAUAAUUAACUAUAUGGCAGUGGUGCCCCUUAAAUAGUAUAUUUCGCACCAUGCCUCCUGACCAAGUAACAAUUGACAAUCAUAGAAACACUCGACGCUGUUUCUUUUAUUAUUUAAAAUUUUAGUACAAAAUAUUUUCUAAUACCGAUAUUUGGCUGCUAAAUUAUUGAGCAAAUUAGCUAAAUUAAUAGAAGUCAUGAAUAAUUUCAUACUAGGACUCUACAUUGCUGCCACGCCGCAAACUUACACACUUGAAUAUAAGUGGUAAUUCACACACCACUGAUUUACAGAUUUACUGCAAUUUGAUAAGCUUCUCGAAAGUACUGUUACCAUUUCGAAAUUUGAAAAAUCUAAUUUUUUAUAACAAUAAAGUGAAAUUUUCUUCAUUAAUAGAAUCAUUUUGCAAGAAUUUCUAACAAUAAUGUAAUCUUAAUUAAAACGGUCAUUCAUUCCAAAUUCACGAAUUCCAAAUGUAGGUAAAUGCGAACUCCUCAUACAUCAAGACGAAUGGUAACCCCCAUGAGAAUGCUAACUCUAAUCAAUUUAUUAUGUAAAUGUAACAAUCUCACGAGCCCUUAACAAAAUUGUUAAUUUAAUUUCAUUAUAUUCAAUUCUUAGUAAAAUUUUGUAUUUAAAAUACGAACAAAUAAAUAUUAAUUUAUCGUAAAUUAUAAUUUAAUUAUAAAAACGUCGUGGAACAGCCAUGAAGCCACAAGGCUGACAGAUAAAAAUGAUAUAAUAUGUAAUACUUAGGUAAUACUUUUUUUUUAUUUAUUACAUACAUUAUAGAUAGAGCAUCGAGUUUCAAAAACGGAUCAACUUUUUGUCAGCACAUUGUCAAAUUAGCUGACUCGUUUUUUUUAUCAGUGUUCUAUACACUUACGCAUACAAUGUAUCUUAACGUAUUAUUUAAUAAAUCAAAUGAGUGCUUACGUAUUAAAAAGAUCCAGAAAUUAUAAGACAAAACAAAUAUAGAAGUUAUAAAGGAAACACUACUACAAAGUAACCAGAGGGAGACUUUGUACAAAAGUCGAUUGCUUGGGUACCUCUGUCCCAUUCGUGUUUCAACCGUGAAGCAGUUUUGUUUGCAUGGCUGUGUUUCGGUUUGAAGGGUGGGGUAUGGCGUGAAUUUACUAGGUACAGAGGAAUAACACCUGAGUCCUCAGGAAUGGCAACGCAUGGGGGGUAUCAUGGGCAAAACAGUAUACUCUGUUAUAUCCAUGGUGCUGCUCAUGUCUAUAGGCGACGGUUACCACUUUCCAUCAGGUGGGCCGUCAGCUUGUUUGCCAUUCUAAGUUGUAUAAAAAUAAAAACACUCAUAACUAUUGAUCACGCAAAAUUGCAUGAAAAAGUUGAGCCGCUUUUCACGAAGUAUUUGUAUGGAGACACUCUAUCUAUAUAAUCUAAGGAUUAUUUUAAAUUAUAUUAGAACAAUGAUUUUUUAAAGAAAUAACGUUACACGCCCGUGAGGUAGACAUAUUCUUUAUUCCGUUUAUAAAUUUCACCAUGUUCUCAAAUAACUUAAAAGAUAUACAAAUGCACUAAUCAAUAUUAGAUGCUCUAAUGAGCAUCUUGUUCUAGCUUCAUUCUCGGCGCGCUUGUGAACUAUCACCCUUUAUAAUUUAUUAUAAUAUCAUUUACCGUGAGACUAUCACGUGGAAUAUUCCGAAUGAAUGUUCGUAUCCACACACGUGGAAUUCAAUACAUGUCACGUACUUAUAAAUCAUUUACCCAAAGUAACGUUUUUUGUUCAUAAAACUAAGAACCGAUUUGCACAUAGAACCUGCAUUUCAGUUUAAAUGACCUACAAAAUUUUUAUGUUAUUCAAAACAAAGCAAAACAGCUAUACAACCGUGGUGUAAUUAAUAUAGAAUCAAAACGGAAGUAAGCCUUAUCGAUGGCAAAAGGAAUUAUCAUAAUCGGUUCAGAAUUGGAGGAAAUUAUCACGUCAUAUGUAAGAAAGUAGUUAACUAACAUUAUAGUUUAAUGCUUAAUUUUAAACUUUCGUAUAAUUUACACAUUCGUAUUUAUACUCUAUUGGGACUUAGCAGAAUGAAAAAUUUUGCAAGUAAAUAAUACUUACAUACCUGCUUCUUUGUUGCCGCCAUUUUGACGUGGAUGGCACAACGUUGUGGUCAUGGCGGGACCACGUCGAGGUAAUUAUAUUAUUAUAGUUUCAUUUCCAAAUAAAUGAAUCAGUCGCGUGUAUUGUUAAUUGUUAAAACAGAUCGUGGAGCCACUUACGGACGUAAUUACUUUAGCAUAUGAACAAACAACUAUUGUUAUGGAUUUAAAAUAAGUUGUUUAAGAGCCCGUGGUAACAAAUUUUCUUACUUCGAUUUCUAUUUAUUAAUUAUAGUUGUCGUUUGCAUUUAUUUCUUUCCAAUAAAUUAAGUUUUUUAUACAUAUCUACGAGGUGUUUAACGAAUUACGUUUUGUAUAGAUAUUUACGUAAUUUCUAAUUUAUUUAUCAAAAAAAAUUCGAUAUGCUUUGUACUGUUUUUUUUUUACAACACGGGGCAAACGAGCAUGCGGCUCACCUGAUGGUAAGUGACUACCGCCGCCAAUGGUCACCCACAACACCUAAGGCAUUGCAUUGUCCAAUAAAUACUAAAUAAUUGUCAAUAUAAAAUAAAUAAUGUGCCACGUUUGCUAUAUUUUGAUACUUCAUACACCAUCAAAUAUAUAUGAUCAUAUCCGAAUGUCUCAAUAUACACAGCUCAUAGUAUAUUUUCAAUAGACAGCAGUAUAAUGUUUCCAGUAUCAUCAACUAACCCACCUUGAAUUUAUGACCUAUCAAUAUACAUUAUACUCUUAUGUAUUUGAUAAUGUAGCUAUCACUAAAUUUGAUAAUAAAAUAAGUACUCGGGGCUAAAAAAAAUUAUUAAAACAUAAUUAUAUUCAAUGGUAAAUGGGGCUUAUAAAUUAAAUUGAAAAAACACACACACACACAAUCUACUUGACUUUUAUAUUGUUAUAUUCUAUUUGUUGUCGCCGGUAGAUACAAUUUCACUAUCAUAGGCAUAAGAUAGUACGAGACAGCAAUGUCUGCGUCUAGUUCUAUCUCAUGCAUGCACUUUUUAUGAUUUUUUUUUGUAAUAAUAACCGAGGACAUUUUGAUAGAUUUUGAUAGACAUUUAAAAAUUUUGCCACAAAUAAUUUAAUUAUUAUGCGAUGACUCCUGUCAUGAAGCAUCAAAUCUAUCAUUAAGCAUAUUUAAAUCAGUCUAAAAACCUAACAAAUAUGAUAAACUACGAUACACAAGCGAGAUUUAUUUUUCGGCAGAUCGAUAUAUUGUAAUUACUCUAAUACUUACGUGUUUAUUGUAAAGUUUUGUAUUAAGUUUGUCCAAGAAUACACUUGCCCUACCCUGUUUUUAAUUAUCUAUAAUUACAAGUUAGUAAAGGUCGAACGAUUUUUGAAAACGUUCUGAUGUAUGUUAAUAAGCAAUUGUAAAUUACGAGUAAUACAAAAUUGAAAAUGUUUUUGUAUAGAAUACAAUGUAAAUAUACAUAUAAAUAUAAUAGAACAAAGUUUUACAAUAAAAUUGAACUAAGUAGACGCCGGACACUAUGAAAUGUAUGAUACGGAGAUUAUGUAUGUAAGACAUAAAACUUUAUGUAUACAUAAACCGAAUAAGUUUGUUUUCAAAUAAAAUAUUUAAUAUUUAAGUAAA